AUGGCACAAAUUGACGAAAAACAGAUUGAAGAGAUUGUCUCCCAAGUUUUGAGAACGCUGCAACAAGACGCGCCUGGGACGGUGCAGCCUACGGCAUCCGUCGGUGUGAGCUCUUCCCAGUCAGGGGUCUUCUCAACAGCAUCAGAGGCUAUCGCAGCCGCGAAAACCGCACAAGCAGCAUUGGUCAAACUUGGGUUUGCCAAAAGACGAGAAAUCAUAGAAGCGAUCAAAGAGGUCUCGCUUGCGAAUGCGAAACGUCUUGCUGAUUUGGCAGUACAAGACACCAACAUGGGCAAUGCGGCACACAAAAUGAUGAAGAACGAGGGUGCCGUAACACUUUCACCCGGUGUGGAUGAUCUUAUAUCAGAAGCGAUAUCGGGUGAUUUGGGUACACUUCUUAUUGAGUACGUCCCGUUCGGAGUUAUCAAUUCGAUCACACCUACCACAAAUCCGACAUCAACGGUAAUCAACCACGCGAUUGUGAUGCUAUCGGCAGGGAACGCUGUUGUUUUCAGUCCGCAUCCAAAUGCGCGUGACUGCACCGAAGAGACAAUGCACGUCAUCAACGAGGCAAUCGUUAAGGCAGGUGCUCCGCCUAAUCUGCUCACCUCCGUUGCAAAUGCGAGUCUACGGACAGCCAAGGAGAUCAUGGAGCAUCCUGACAUUGCUAUGCUUGUCGCUACUGGUGGUGCAUCCGUUGUGAAGGCAGCGUUAUCGAGCGGCAAAAAGACAAUCGCCGCCGGUCCCGGCAACCCACCCGCGAUUAUUGAUGAAACCGCCGACGUUCAGGAAGCGGCAAAGCACGUCAUCGCAGGCACCAGUUUCGACAACAACCUACUCUGUAUCGGUGAGAAGGCACUCUUUGUCAUCGAAUCGGUUGCAAACGAUACGGUCCAAGAACUCACACAGAACGGUGGUCAUUUGUUGAAUGCGAGCCAGCGUGAGGCGUUAGAGGCGGUCGUCACCGAAAAAGGUGAAUCGAACAAGGAAUACAUCGGCAAAGACGCGACGACUAUUUUAAACGCCGCUGGCAUUACAGCCCCUGCACAGACAGUCGCGAUCGUCGUAGAAGUUCCGGCGGAUCACAACUUUGUUAUCAAUGAAUACUUGAUGCCGAUUCUACCAGUCGUUCGGUGUCGAGAUUUCGAUGAGGCGUUGGCAGGCGCAGUCAGAGCAGAAGGUGGACGCGGGCACACUGCGGUGCUCCAUACGAACAAUACGAAACGGAUCACGCAGUUCACGAAAGCAAUGGACUGUAGCGUUGUGGUUAUCAAUGCCCCGUCUUAUGCGUCCUGCGGACUGGAAGGCGAAGGAUUCUUGGCGAUGACCAUCGCUGGACCGACAGGCGAAGGGUUCACACGUCCACGCACCUUUACACGUCAGAGACGAUUAACGAUCGCAAACAAUUUGUCAGUACAUACACAGUGA